CACGUAUAGUAUACCUCCAAACAUUGUCUGCUCGACAUCGGAUUCUAUAAGGCCUAUCGUUUUUAUUUUUCUUUGUGAAAAUCAUUCUACUGAAUCGAGCAUGAUUUCUCGUAAGCGAAUUAUUUAUUCCAAAGAAUUUGUUGGAGAAAUUCAAUUGACGGAUUUCGAAAUAAAAACAGAUGAAAUUUCAGCGGAUUUGACUGAGAACGAAAUUCUUUGCGAAGCGCUAUAUUUCGGAAUUGAUGCUGGUCUCAAAAUGCAAGCGCAAUUCUAUCCCACUGGAAUUACAAUGAUAUCGGGACAAAUAGCCAAAGUGAUCGAGAGCAGGAACAACGAUUUUCCGAAGGGAUCAGUGGUUUACGGUAAAUUUGGAUGGCAAAGUCACACCAAACUUCAGCCAGAUGUUCUAACAAACAAAACGUUUUGCUACAUUUUACCCGAUUUCGGAACACAUUCAGUAUCGCUUGGACUAGGAUGUUUGGGAUUAACUGGAAAUGCAGCAUAUUUCGGUCUCGAUUUGUGCGGAGCGAAACCAGGUGAAACUAUUGUUGUGUCAUCUGCAGCUGGUGGGGUUGGAAAUCACGUUGGUCAAAUAGCGAAAAUAAAUGGUUGUAGAGUUGUUGGCAUAGCUGGAUCUGAUGAAAAAUGUAAAUGGCUUGUUGACGAGCUGAGGUUCGAUGAUGCAGUCAAUUACAAGUCAGGACUGUUUCCAUCGAAACUUCUUGACGCCACACCAAAUGGCGUGGACUGCUACUUUGAUAACGUUGGCGGGCUAUUGAGUAAUGCAGUCAUUUUGCGCAUGAAGCAGUCCGGAAGAAUAGUUGUGUGCGGAUCGUUGUCGGUCAGUAACAUAAAAGUGGGCGACAAAAUACCGCAAAUGGCUGAACUGAGUCGAAAUUUCAUAUUCCAUGAACUGAAAAUGGAAGGUUUCGUUGUGUGGCGAUGGGCGAACCGAUGGAUGGAAGGAAUUGAACGGAAUUUGAAAUGGUUAGAUGAGGGAAAACUGAAAUAUCACGAAACAAUCUUGGAAGGAUUGGAUAAGGCUCCGGAAGCAUUGAUUGAUUUGAUGAAAGGGAAAUACAGUGGUAGAGUGGUUGUUAAGGUGUAAGAUAACUAAUAAAUUGAAGAAGACGAAAAAGCUCGGGAACUCACGGAUCUGACAGAAAAAGCAUUUUUGAUUCUUUAUCAUGCAAAAUUGAACGUC